AUGUCCCAAGCAUCAGGAUCCGUGGCCAACAGACUCGUUCAAAAGAUCACUUCCAAGGAGUUCCGCAACUACUUCAUGAGCACCGUGACUAUUGCUGACUGGAAGAAGGAUCCUGCAUACAUUUCAGGCAACAUGACUGUUGCUUUGUGUGUCUACUCGGGUUUGUUCAUGCGCUUUGCCCUGGCGGUUCAGCCAAAGAACUACCUUCUCUUCGCUUGCCAUGCUACCAACGAAGUGGCUCAACUUGUCCAAGGCUACCGUUUCCUUAACUACAAUGGCUUCACUGGCAAGAAGAAUGAACCCAAGGCCGUCGAGGAUACCAAGGUCGAGGAAAAGCCCGCCACUGCUUAG